GGCCCUGCCCCGCGAUGGCGCCUGAGGACCACGAGGGGGCCACGUCUCUGCUGCAGAGUUUCGAGCGCCGCUUCCUGGCGGCUCGCGCGCUGCCCUCCUUUCCCUGGCAGAGCCUAGAAGAUAAACUCAAGGAACCCUCCGGUUCUGAGCUGUUGCUGGCUAUUCUGCAGAAGACUGUGAAGCACCCUGUGUGUGUGCAGCACGGACCCUCUGUGAAGUAUGCCCGCUGCUUUCUCUCAAGGCUCAUCAAAAAGCAUGAGGCUGUACCCGCGGAGCCUUUGGAUGCACUGUACGAGGCCUUGGCAGAGGUUCUGAUGGCCCAAGAGUCCACCCAAUGCCACCGGAGCUAUUUGCUGCCUUCAGGAGACUCGGUCACACUCUCUGAGAGCACUGCCAUCGUGUCCCAUGGCACCACAGGCUUGGUUACAUGGGACGCUGCUCUCUACCUGGCAGAAUGGGCCAUUGAGAACCCAGCAGCCUUCACUAACAGGACUAUCCUGGAGCUAGGCAGCGGAGCUGGCCUCACAGGCCUGGCCAUUUGCAAGGCAUGCUACCCCAGUGCAUACAUCUUCAGCGACUGUCAUGCCCAAGUGCUUGAGCAGCUCCGUGGAAACGUUCUCCUCAAUGGCUUCUCCUUAGAGCCGAACACUCCCAUUGACGAAGGCAGCUCAAAGGUGACAGUGGCCCAGCUGGACUGGGAUGAGGUGACAGCCUCUCAGCUCUCUGCCUUCCAGGCAGACGUUGUCAUUGCAGCAGAUGUGCUGUACUGCUGGGAGGUGACACUGUCACUGGUCAGGGUCCUGAAGAUGCUCUCGGACUGCCAGAGGAAGAGCGCUCCUGACGUCUAUGUGGCCUAUACUAUCCGCAGCCAGGACACAGGCAAGCUGUUCGUCGCAGAACUGGACCGUGCUGGGAUCUACUGGGAAGAGGUGCCCCCUCACACUGCCAAACUGUUCCCUUAUGAAGAGCAUUCGGCCAUCGUAAUCCUGAAGCUGGUGCUGACGGGUCGCCAUGGUGUUUGAAGGUGAUUUGA